GGGUGUCAGGAAGGGAAAGGACAGUGGCAGCCAUGUGUACUGUCAGCAGCCGCCAGACUUGGGCAGCUCAUAUUUUGCAGCAGGUGACAAGCUGUCGACACAGCGGUCCUUUACCUCACUGUUAGAAGCUCAUUUCAUUGAUUUUCCCAUCUUUCUUCUCGGGCUCCUCACACUCAGCUUCAGGCAUCCCACCACCCAGUUUCCCAGGGUCCCUGUGCUCCCUGGGAAAGCUUCAGUGAAUUAAAGUGCCUAACUGCCUACCUGUCCCUUUCCCAUCCAGCCCGGGCUGGAAAAGCAGGGGUGAAAGAUUUGGAGAUGAUGUCCAAAUGGUAGACCUACUCCCUUGUGAAGUUUUACUAGGAAAGGCUUUUUUUUUUUUUUUUUUCCUUUUGAGACGAGGUUCUGCUAUAUAGUUGUAAGUAGCCUGGAAUUUGUUACAAAGACCAGGCUGGCCUUCACUGACAGUGAUCCUCCUCCCUCUGCCUCCUGAGUGCUGAGAAGCCAUUCUUUUUAGUUUUGGUUAUCUUUUUUUAAUUUUAUUUUUUUGUGUGUGCCGGGGAGGGGGUAUUGGGGGUAGGAAAGACUGUCUCAUGUAGCUCAGGCUUCAAACUCAUUGCAUGCUGGCCUUGAACUCCUGAUCCUUCCUUGCCUCACCCUCCCAAAUCCUGGGAUUGCAGUCAUACAGCAUUAUGUCUGUUUCCUUUUCCAUUUCCUACCAAGGCAGCUCAUCACUCCUCAACUUUUUUUUUUCUUCCAAAAGUCAAAUGAGAGAACUGGGGUUUCCGCCUGUGUUUGGGAAGGAAUAUGUGGUUAUUUUAGAGCCUUGGAACUCACAGCAGAAUGAUGUGUACAUGGGGACAUUUACAAUUAGGAAACCAUAAUUACCCAGGGUGUGUGAGAACCCAGUGAGAAGAGGAUGUAUGUUUAUAGGGUCUGUGGCAUGCUGAAAUGCCAAGCUGCUGGGGCAGGAGGGGUGUAGACUGCAGCCUCCAGUCACAGCUAACUACCCUCACCCUCUCCCUUUGGGACUGGGUUUUUAGCUAAAGGUCAGAGUCAGUUGCCAGUCAUUUGGCUUCUUAAUGAAGGAAGGUGGAGGACUGGAUUCUUUUUUUCCCCUGGAGGAAAAAAAAUGGAGUAAAUUCCUUGCCAUACUCAAAAAAUUCAUUCCUUGUUUUAUUGGCUCUCCAAGCAUCUCCGCCAAUCCUCUAGCUCCAGUCUCCUCUCCCUACCCCUGGGGCUCUUCCCUCCUCUGUAGCUACCUUCAUCCCAUGUUAUGAAAACUGGCCUUUGCUGGCCACAGGUACCCUUUUUCCAUCUCUGGCUUCUUCAGACUCUGGUCUGAAGACUUCUUCAGAUUCUAAAAACCCAGAGAUACAUCCUGGUGCCUUAGAGACAGAAGUGCCCUGGAGAUUGAGAGAGAAAAGAGCAGGGAUGGUGGCGAAGGUGCAUCUGGCAUCUUAGAAUUUCAGGGUGGAAGCAGGACUCAGAGUUCAAGGUCAUCUUCAGCUACUGGGGACUUUGAGGCCAGCCUGAGAGCCUUCCUUUAUAUGAUAGAGAUGGAGGAAGUGGCUUAGAGAUGAGAGAGAUCUCAUUUAAGUGAAAAAGGAGGGAGAGUUGUGUGGCCAAAGAAAGAACUUCCAAGAAGGCAGGUAGUCUGAACUCUUCCCUACCCCUCUUGUCCAGGAAAGACAGCCCAAGAUGAGGGAGAGUAGGUGGUCAUGUGUGAAAACAUCAAGGCCUUAACUCAGCUCUGGGUCAGUCCUGAGUUCAAGCCGUGCUGGUUAUAACCCUUAUGGGAGGAACUGAAGUGGCAAAUUAACUAGUAUAAUGAAGUCACUGCUUUUUGUUUAUCUUUACUGGUUUCCCCAGGAGGUUUGUCCUCUGGCCAGCAGGGCAUCGUGGGGGAGGGGAAGGACAGCAGAGGUGAAGGGCAGGGGGAGGGUGCCAAAGAGGACAGAAAGAAGGAAAUGUGGAAGACAGGACAGAGGCCAUGUGGAGGGUGAUGAAUGUUAAGCAACCCAGAGAUGGAGGGAGGCAAGAAGACAGAAGAGAAACAUAAGAAAAAAGGAGAGAGGAGAGGGAUGGACACAGAAAAGAACAAUGGGGACCAGGAGUGAGAAGGCCAGAAGGAAGACAAGGGAAAAAGAGGGAAACAAGAGGGGUGAAAUGGAAUGGCGAGCAGUAGGGAAGAACAUGGCCCAAGCUGUGAGAGCUGCAGCUGGUGGGGCCUGUGGGCGGGGCCUCAUCUCCAUCUCUAAUGGCUGUGAAAUGAGGUUAGCUCCAUUAGAAGCAGCAAGAGUGUAACGAGAUCACACUCAUUAGGGCUGGGCCAUCCUAGUAAUUACCACCACCCCAAACACUCUGCCAGCCGCCAGCCGGCCACCAAGCGCUUGCCUGCACACACACAGCAGCAAGCCACAUGGUGUAGAAGGGAAGCUCCAGCCUAGGUGUAACCUCAGGACUUUGGGGCAUGCCUGCCUGAGGUGAGCAAAUUGACCAGCCCCCAAAGAGGUGCCCAAAGACCAAUCCAUUUCCAGUAUCCCCUCUUCAGGAAAUAAGGCAUUCGAAUAGGAAGUGGUCGUUAUUUUAUUGAUUGAUCAUAUCCAAAGUGUUAGCCUGAAAAUGGGGAAGGGGGAUAAAACUCCGUGACACCCCACUUCCCAUUCUUUGCAACACAUGAAAAGGGUUGAGCAGAGGCUUUGUGACACACAGCAGAAGCCGACCUCAGCUCUGACUACAGAAGCAGUGAAGUUUUAGUUUUCUUUUGCCACUCCUGCACCUCCAGCUCCAAGUCUGUUGUUGAUUUGUUUGUUAAGUAACAUCAGACUGCUUGAUGGAGUUCAUGUGCUAAUAUGGAAUACAUGCAGACUGUUAACUUUUUUAAAAAGUAUUUUUUUAUUGUGUAUGUAUGGAGAUCAGAGUUCAACUUUGUGGAGUUGGGUCUGUCGUUCCAUCUUUAUGCAGGUAGGUUCUUAGGAUCAAACUCAGGCCUUGCAGCCGGUACCAUAAGCACCUUACCUGCUGAGCCAUCUCUCCAUCUCUGAACUCUUAAGAGAUAUAAACAGACACACAUAUCACCAUGUGUGUCAAAUAACCCCACCCAGCCUUCAGCUCCUCUGGACAGACAGACACACAUAUCACCAUUCAGAUAACCCCACCUAGCCUUCAGCUCCUCUGGACAGACAGAAUGACCACUUUGUACCUUUGAGCUCAAAGAGAACAGCAAAUACACAAAGGCAGCAUCGCACCUCAGAAAGGCCUCUUCAGACUGCACGAGAGCCAAGAGCAGAGGCCCUGUGGCAGGGCACCCAAGUUCCAAGCUUACUGUUCAUUAUUAUCAUCAUCAUCAUCAUCGAAACUGGCCCUCACUAUAGAACUCUGCCUGGCUUCAGACUCACAGUGAUACACCUGCGUCUGCUUCCUAGUGCUAGGGUUAAAGGUGUGUGUAACCAUGACGGCUACUCCCUUUAAUAUAUAUAUACACAUACGCACAUAUAUAUGUAUACAUUACAUUUUGUCAUGUGUGGGUGUAUGAGCACAUGUGCAUGUGCGCAUGAACACACACACAUGUACAGAAAUCAUCUGUUCUCUCUUUUCACCAUGUGGGGCCCAAAAAAUCAAACUUAGGCUUGACAGCAAGUACCAUUAUCCACUGAGCCAUCUUGCUGGCCUGCGAUUCUGCUUUCUAAACUCAUCUCGUUUCGUCUCCGUGAGUAAAAUGGGAUGUAGCUGUCUGCACAGAGGGUGAGUGUUGUGAUACUUGCCAGGGCCUCCACACAGUGCCUGCCACGCUGCAAACAUGUAAAGGUGCUGUCUGACUAGGAAUCCAUCUCAGUGGGGGUGUGCUUUUCUGGCAGAGACCAGGCCCUGUGUUAAAGAUGUCAGCUACUGUAAUUGCUACAGCUGAGGAGCUCUUAUCCUCAGUGCAAGAGGCAGAGACAGGCAGGGCACACAGGAGAUAACUUGGAGACCCAAAGUCUAAACCUGAAAAUCAUGUUUCCUAUAUGUCUUUUAAACAUAUUGUGUUACUAGGGAAUUGGAGUUCCCUUUUAUGGGUUCUUGGUGUCAUUGAUAGAAGAAUUUAAAAACAAAGCUUGGUGUGUUGGUACAUUCCUUUUAAUCCCAGCCCUCAGGAGACAGAGGUUGAAGCAGAUUGGAUCUCCAUGAGUUCAAGCCCAGCCUGGUCAUAUGGAGUUCCAGGUCAACCAAAACUACAAAGUAAGAUUCUGUCUUUGGAAGAAAAAAAAAAAAAAAAUUAAUGGCCUUUAAAAGGAAGCCUGAGGACCAUUUCAUUAAAAUGCAGGAGAAAAAUGACAAAACAGGAAAGUUGAAAAUGUGGGUAGCUUUAAGAGAAAGGAGAUGGGAAAGAAGAGAAAAUCGUUCCUUUUGAGUUACGUAGAUCAGCUACAGGUCUGCAAAUAACUGUGGAUGUUAGAGGACUUCAGAGAAACAGGGAAAGCUGGGAGAGUUAGUGCGAGCAUGCUUAGUAUCUUGGCAGGUGUCCAAAGAAGAGAUAGGAAGGAGAAAAGGCAAAGUUAGACUUUCGAGCCAGAACUCAGGAAUGCAGUCACGCUUAGCAGUGGACAUCUGCAAGCAACUGCCUGAAGGAGGGCCUCGGAGACGCACGUUAUCCCACAGAAGGGACAUCUGCAAGCAACUGCCUGAAGGAGGGCCUCGGAGACGUACGUUAUCCCACGGAAGGGAUAAUUAUUGCUCCCAUUUCCUUAGCUUCAGGGUACUGGCUGUCACGCUGAAAUGAACCCUCAGCAGCCCUCCGUCUACCAUGGCUACCCUUAACUCAGCCUCUUCCUCCAGUACUGUUCCUUCCCCUGGGCACGAUGUUCCAUCCCCACCUCCAGAGACCUCCUCCUCCUCCUCCGGCACCUCUGGUCCUGUCACCAAAGAUCCCCCUGAUGCCCCCUCCACCUCUGAAAGCAUAAGGUCCUCAGGGCCAGGCGGGGAGCUUCCAGAGUCAGGCUUUGGCCUUGUUCCACCAAAGGAGACUGGAGAGCCCCAAGAAGAGCCUGGUUGUGGGCACAUCCCACCAAAGGACCUUGGGGUGGAAAAGGAGGAGGAAGAGGAAGAAGGAACCCUUCCUGUGGACCUGAGCAACCACUUACUCUUUACAGCUGGAGGUAAGGCCUACCUGCUGGCCAAGCCAUCCCUGCCAGGGGGCAGUGAACUCUCGUUACCAAAGGGCUUUCCCUGGGAUGAGGCAAGUGUCAAGGAAGAGCCCAGCCCGCCCCUCCUUGCCCACUUCCCCUCACACCUUACCACCCUUCACAUCCAACAUGGCUUUGACCCAAUCCAAGGCUUUAGCUCUUCUGACCAAAUUUUGUCCCGUGAUACCUCAGCGCCAUCUCUGGCCGCCUGUGAGGGAAGGGAUGGAUCCUUCUGGAGCUACCAGCUGGUUCCAAACCCAACCGAAGAUCCCAAAGAUGGCUCCGUGGGGAGCCGAUGGGGAGACCACAGGGCACUGUUCUGGAUCUGCCUUCCAUGCCGCCUGGGUUUCGGCAGGCCACAGGACUUUAUUAGGCACACACGUUCUCACGGAGUGAAGCUUACCCCUGCCCACCACCAAGGCCUGCGGGGCAGACCAGCCAUACUUCAGGAGGGUGAUGACAGCAGCAUGGCCGCCCUAAGCUUUCUGGAACCAAAACCUCUUACUUGCCCUUCUGAAGUGUCUGACAACAGCACAGUGACCAUGGAGACAAACAGAGCCCAGACUGAGGACGGCCCCCCAGAAGCAGAGGUCCAGGCCCUUGUUCUCCCCUCUGAAGAGGUCAUGGCCCUCAGCCCACCAUCCCCACCCACAGCCCUAGCCACCUGGGACCCCAGCCCAACCCAAGCCAAAGAAUCGCCGGUAUCAAGAGGCGAGGCGGGGCCAGACUGGUUCCCUGAGGGCCAAGAAGAAGAUGGAGGGCUCUGCCUCCCACUCAACCAAAGCUCACCCGCCUCUAGGGAGGUGGCCGUGCUCCCAGCUCCAGCAGGCUCUCCUGAAGACCCCAGUGACCCACCUCCGUCCUGUCGCCUGGUCGAUGACUACACUCCAGCCCCCGCGGCCUUCCAGGGCCUCAGCCUGUCCAGCCACAUGUCCCUGCUACACUCUCGCAACUCCUGCAAGACCCUCAAGUGUCCCAAGUGCAACUGGCACUAUAAGUACCAGCAGACCCUGGAUGUGCACAUGCGCGAGAAGCACCCUGAGAGCAACAGCCACUGCAGCUACUGUAGCGCCGGCGGUGCCCACCCCCGCCUCGCUCGCGGAGAGAGCUACAACUGCGGCUACAAGCCCUACCGCUGUGACGUCUGCAACUACUCCACGACCACCAAAGGCAACCUCAGCAUCCACAUGCAGUCUGACAAGCACCUGGCCAACCUGCAGGGCUUCCAGGCCGGGCCCGGGGGGCAGGGAAGUCCUCCGGAGGCAUCCCUCCCACCCCCCUCCGGAGGCGAUAAAGAGCCCAAGACCAAAUCAUCCUGGCAGUGCAAGGUGUGUAGCUACGAGACCAACAUCUCCCGGAACCUGCGCAUCCACAUGACCUCCGAGAAACACAUGCAGAACGUGCUGUUGCUGCACCAGGGGCUGCCGCUCGGCCUGCCCCCAGGGCUGGUGGGGCCCGGACCUCCUCCCCCACCGGGGGCUGCCCCCACCAACCCUCCCGAACUCUUCCAGUACUUUGGGCCCCAGACCCUGGGACAGCCUCAGACACCCAUGCCUGGGCCUGGGCUGAGGCCAGACAAGCCCCUUGAAGCCCAGCUGCUUCUCAAUGGUUUCCACCACCUCGGAGCACCCGCCCGCAAGUUCCCCCCCACUGCCCCUGGCAGCCUCUCGCCUGAGACCCACCUGCCCCCGAGUCAGCUCUUGGGCUCCUCCGACGGCCUGCCCGCCUCCCCAGCCCCAGAUGACAGCCCGCCCCCGAAGGUGUUCCGAUGCCUGGUAUGCCAAGCUUUCAGCACAGACAGCCUGGAGCUGCUGCUCUACCACUGCAGCAUCGGCCGCAGCCUCCCGGAAGCCGAGUGGAAGGAGGUAGCUGGCGACACCCACCGCUGCAAGCUCUGCUGCUAUGGUACCCAGCUCAAGGCCAACUUCCAGCUCCACCUGAAGACUGAUAAACAUACUCAGAAGUACCAGCUGGCGGCCCACCUCAGGGAGGGGGGCGGAGCCAUGGGUGCCCCUUCCCCACUGUCCCUAGGGGAUGGGGCGUCUUAUGGUUCUGUCUCCCCCCUUCACCUGCGCUGCAACAUCUGUGACUUUGAGUCCAACAGCAAGGAGAAGAUGCAGCUGCACACCCGCGGGUCAGCCCAUGAGGAAAACAGCCAGAUCUAUAAGUUCCUGCUGGAAAUGGAGGGAGCAGAGGCAGGGCCAGAGCCGGGCCUUUACCGAUGCCUCUUGUGUGCCUGGGACACACCCUCCCGCUUAGCCGUGCUGCAGCACCUACGUACACCUGCCCACCGAGACGCCCAGGCGCAGAGGCGUCUGCAACUGCUACAGAACGGCCCAACAGCCGAAGAAGGACUCUCCGCUCUUCAGAGCAUCCUGAGCUUCAGCCAUGGGCGGCUCCGAACUCCUGGGAAGGCUCCUGACACCCCCUUAGCUCAGCCACCCACCUCUGAGAAAGAUGGCCAGAACAAGACAGAACAACUGGCUUCUGAAGGGACAGAGGACAGAGCUGGCCCUCCCAGAGACAGUGUGAACCAGAUCAUGGUCAGAACUGGAGAAACUGGGAUGAUGAAGGUAUACUGCUGUCCAUACUGCAGCUUCCUGAGCCCAGAGUCUGACCAGGUGAGGGUUCAUACACUCUCCCAGCAUGCCGUGCAGCCCAAAUACAGGUGCCCACUAUGCCAGGAGCAGCUGGUGGGCCGGCCUGCCCUACACUUCCACCUCAGCCACCUGCACAACGUGGUCCCCGAGUGCGUGGAGAAGCUGCUGCUCGUGGCCACAACUGUAGAGAUGACCUUUGCAACCAAAAUGCUGCCUGGACCCACACUCAGCCCUGUGGAGGAUGGCCUAGAGCGCCCCAUUCCUGGACCAGAACCUACUCCCAGCAGGGACCAGUUAGCAGAAAGCACUAACCUGACCACAGAAGCCAGCCCAGAUCCUCCAUCUGAGCCUCCCCUGGCACCAGCUGAGGGCCCAGAGAAGCCCUCAGGAAGCCCUGAUCAGCCCUCUUCUCCAGCCCCAUCUCCAGUACCUCGGCUCGAUGCCCAAGUUGAAGAACUGGCUCCUCUACCCGCCAUGGCUGAGGAGGAAGAGGGAGCCAUGGGGGAGCCCCGCUCCGCAGAGCCAUCCCCAGCUGACCCUCGCCACCCUGUAACCUAUCGGAAGACCACCAACUUCGCCCUGGACAAAUUCCUUGACCCUGCUCGGCCCUAUAAGUGUACCGUGUGUAAGGAGUCCUUCACCCAGAAGAAUAUCCUCUUGGUUCAUUAUAACUCUGUCUCCCACCUUCAUAAGAUGAAGAAGGCUGCUGUGGACCCGUCUUGCCCUGCCCGGGGAGAGGCUGGCAUCCCACCACCCACCACGACUGCUUCAGACAAGCCCUUCAAGUGCACGGUCUGCCGAGUGUCUUACAACCAGAGCUCCACCCUGGAGAUUCACAUGCGAUCAGUUCUGCACCAGACUCGCUCCAGGGGGGCCAAGGCUGAUGCCAAGGCUGAAGGACCAGAGCGAAGCCAAGAAGAGCUCAAGGAAGGAGAGACUGAGGGCGAGGUGGGCACCGAGAAGAAAGGCCCUGACCCCAGUGGCUUCAUGUCUGGACUGCCUUUCUUGUCCCCACCACCCCCUCCCUUGGACCUACACCGAUUCCCAGCCCCUCUCUUCACCCCGCCAGUCCUGCCCCCCUUCCCCCUGGUUCCAGAGUCACUGCUUAAGCUCCAGCAACAGCAGCUGCUUCUGCCCUUCUACCUCCAUGACCUCAAGGUGGGGCCCAAGCUGGCACUGGCUAGCCCUACACCCAUGCUGUCCCUGCCAGCUGCCACCCCACCUCCUCUUCCCGCACCCCACAAAGCUGAGCUGGCUGAGCAGGAAUGGGAACGGCCCCUCAUAGCUGAAGACGGGAACGAAACAGGGCCCUCUUCACCGCCCCACACAUCGCCUAAUGAAGCUGCCCGCACAGCAGCCAAGGCCCUUCUAGAAAAUUUUGGCUUUGAGUUAGUAAUUCAGUACAAUGAAGGGAAGCAGGCAGUGCCCCCUCCCCCGACGCCUCCCCCCCCAGAGUCUCUGGGGGGCGGAGACAAGCUGGCCUGUGGGGCCUGUGGGAAACUCUUCUCCAAUAUGCUUAUCCUCAAGACGCACGAGGAACAUGUUCACCGCCGCUUUCUGCCCUUUGAGGCUCUGAGCCGGUAUGCUGCUCAGUUCCGCAAGAGCUACGACAGCCUGUACCCGCCCCCCGUAGAGCCCCCCAAACCUCCAGAAGGGUCCCUGGAGUCACCUCCCCAGCUAGGCCCCCCAUUCGUGGUUCCAGAGCCUGAAGUAGGGGGGAUCCACACUUCUGAGGAGCGAAGCCUGGCAGGAGGACACUGGCCCCCAGAGGAAGAAGAUGCCUCUAGAGGGAGUCUUCCUCCCACAGUGCCCGCUGGCCGCCGGUUCUCUAGAACCAAGUUCACAGAGUUCCAGACCCAGGCUCUGCAGUCCUUCUUCGAGACCAGUGCCUACCCCAAGGACGGAGAGGUGGAGCGGCUCGCCAGUCUCCUGGGUCUCGCUAGCCGUGUGGUGGUAGUGUGGUUCCAGAAUGCCCGCCAGAAAGCCCGCAAAAAUGCCUGCGAGGGUGGGCCUGUGGCAGCCGGCGGAGCCACUGCGGGCGCCUCCGGCUGCAGGCGCUGCCACGCCACCUUCGCCUGUGUUUUUGAGUUAGUGCGGCACCUCAAGAAAUGCUAUGAUGACCAGCCUCCUGAGGAGGAGGAGGAGCCAGAGAGGGGGGAAGAGGAAGAAGAGGCGGAAGAAGAAGAGGUGGACGAACGGAACCUGGAACCUCCAGUGAGACAUGGUGGCCCGUCACCGGAACACGCAGAUGUGGAAGACCUGAGCCAAGCGGAACCAGCAAGGCCGGAAGGCAAAGAGCCUGAAGGGAAGGCACCUCCCUCCCCUCCAGCCCACACCUGUGACCAGUGCGCCAUUUCUUUCCCCAGCCAGGACCUCCUGACCGCUCACCACCGGCUCCAUUUCCUACCGUCCGCGCAGCCCAGCGCUCCUGCACAGCUCCUGGAUCUGCCUUUGCUGGUGUUUGGGGAGCGAAACCCUGUAGCAUCCAGCACCUCGUCAGUGACAGGGACACCCCUCAAGCGGAAGCACGACGAUGGCAGUCUGUCUCCCACAGGCAGUGAAGCAGGUGCUGGUGGGGAGGGUGAACCUCCGAAAGACAAGCGCCUGCGCACUACCAUCCUGCCCGAGCAGCUGGAGAUCCUGUACCGUUGGUACAUGCAGGACUCCAACCCCACACGGAAGAUGCUCGACCGCAUCUCUGAGGAAGUGGGGCUCAAAAAGCGAGUGGUGCAGGUCUGGUUCCAGAAUACCAGAGCCCGGGAGAGAAAAGGUCAGUUUCGAAGCACCCCCGGGGGAGUCGCUGGGCCACCAGUCAAACCCACUGUGACACCCAGCCCAGCACCCUUCCCCAAAUUCAACCUCCUGCUGAGCAAGAUAGAAGACGAGACCGGGAAGGAAGCCCCAAAGAGAGAAGCGGCUGCUUUCCCCCAUCCCACAGUCACCCCUGCCUCCGGGCCUCUAUCGUUCCUACCACCUGGGAAAGAGGCCACUGCACCCACGCCGGAGCCGCCUCCACCCCUCCCUCCGCCUGCACUCAGCGAGGAUGAGGGCCCAGAAGAACCAUCUAAGGCAUCUCCGGAAAGUGAGGCUUGCAGUCCGUCUGCAGGAGACCUAAGUGAUUCAUCUGCCUCCAGCCUGGCCGAACCAGAGUCCCCUGGGGCUGGAGGGACCAGUGGGGGACCAGGAGGUGGGACUGGAGUCCCAGAUGGAAUGGGGCAGCGGCGGUAUAGGACCCAGAUGAGCAGCCUGCAGCUGAAGAUCAUGAAGGCCUGCUAUGAGGCCUACCGCACCCCUACUAUGCAGGAGUGUGAGGUGCUAGGGGAGGAAAUCGGGCUGCCCAAGAGAGUCAUUCAGGUCUGGUUCCAAAAUGCUCGUGCCAAGGAAAAGAAAGCCAAACUGCAGGGGACAGCACUCGCAGGGAGUGGGAGCAGCAAUGAGGGCACCUUGGCAGCCCAGCGCACCGACUGUCCAUACUGUGAUGUCAAGUAUGACUUCUAUGUCUCUUGUCGAGGCCACCUCUUCUCUCGCCAGCACCUGGCCAAGCUCAAGGAGGCAGUGCGAGCCCAGCUGAAGAGUGAAAGCAAAUGCUAUGACCUGGCUCCAGCACCUGAAGCCCCACUGGCCCCCAAAGGGCCCCCUGCCACCACACCUGCCUCUGUGCCCUUGGGGGCUUCCCCGACCCUGCCUCGUCUGGCUCCAGUCCUCUUGCCUGGCCCAACUCUGGCCCAGCCACCACUUGGAAGCAUAGCUUCUUUCAAUUCAGGCCCUGCAGCCUCCUCAGGCCUUCUUGGCCUUGCCACUUCGGUCCUGCCUGCUACCACAGUGGUCCAGACUGCUGGUCCAGGCCGCCCCUUACCUCAGAGACCUGUGUCCAACCAAACCAACAGCUCUACUGACCCUUCCCCUGGCCCAGCUACUGAGCCCUCAGGAGACAAAGUCUCUGGUGAGCGAAAGCCAGUUGCAACCCUUACCAACUCCUCCACUGAUGCCCUCAAGAACCUGAAAGCAUUGAAAGCCACUGUCCCAGCCCUGUUGGGGGGCCAAUUCCUGCCAUUCCCAUUGCCCCCUGCGGGCGGGGCAGCACCACCAGCUGUCUUUGGCCCUCAGUUACAGGGGGCAUACUUCCAACAGCUUUACGGCAUGAAGAAGGGGCUAUUUCCCAUGAACCCGGUGAUACCUCAGACCCUCAUUGGGCUGCUCCCCAAUGCCCUCCUCCAGCAACCAUCCCAAGUCCCUGAGCCUACGGCCACAGCCCCUCCAAAGCCUCCUGAGCUGCAGGCUCUGGGGGAAGCGGAAGGUAGCGAAGCCGAUGAGCUGCUGACAGGCAGCGCUGGCAUCUCCACCGUGGAUGUUACUCACCGCUACUUGUGCCGCCAGUGCAAGAUGGCAUUUGACGGCGAGGCCCCAGCCACUGCCCACCAGAGAUCUUUUUGCUUCUUUGGGCGGGGUUCUGGAGCCUCCAUGCCCGCCCCAUUGCGGGUGCCUAUCUGCACCUACCACUGCCUGGCCUGUGAGGUGCUGCUGAGUGGGCGUGAAGCCCUCGCCUCCCAUCUGCGCUCCUCAGCCCACAGGCGCAAGGCAGCCCCGCCCCCAGGUGGCCCCCCCAUCACCGUUACCAACAGCGCCACUGCUGUCCCGGCUGCUGUGGCUUUUGCCAAAGAGGAAGCAAGAUUACCUCACACGGACCCCAACCCAAAAACUACUACUACCUCUACACUUCUAGCUUUAUAAACAGAUAAACCAAGAUGGGGGCAAGAGAGGGCCUCAGGGUUCCCUCACACCCCAAGGGGUGUUCGGUGGAAACUCAAAUCCCUCACCCCAACCUUCAGCUCUGCCCACCUCAUGGGAGUCUGUCAAUUCCCAUCCUCAGUGGGCUUCACACACCCCACCUCCAGCAGAGUCCUGCCUCCUCCCCAUCCCACAGACACUCUGACCCUCACUCGGCCCCUCGCAGACACACCCCACAUUGGCAUACAUGUCUGCUUCUUUCCCUCUCUUCCCCCAUUGAAUUCCCAGCCCUCUCCCCCUGUAAACACAUACCUUUUUCAUACUAUUAUACUGACUGAGAAAACGCCAAAAGAAAGAAAAGAAGAAAAGAAAAACCCAAGAUAAAAAGGGGGGCUGGAAAGUCAACUUAGCUACCACCCCCCCCUUUCUCUCUGCCCCUUGUCCAGAGCACAGACCGCUCACAAACUCCAAAAACCCACUUGGUUCCUAAGGUUGGAGCCUGGGAUGGGCAGGGAGCCCAUAAAAGUAACCAAACUGGAGGCUGUCCGGGGGAGAAGCGCUCCUGUUCACUCCCCCCACUCCUCUCCCUCCUACCCCUUUCCUCACCUGGUAGGGCCCUUGCAGCCUGGACUCCUGGGAAGCCGCUGCCAGGAAGCCCUCUACCAACCCUCACCCCUUACCCUGGAAACUGCAGUAACUUUUUCUCAAAGGCUUUAAACACAGAGGUCCUCUCACAGCUGCGGGCCUGCCCCUUGCCCUAGCCCUGCCAAGGGCAGCCCAGCCUCCAGGAAUCCACAUUGCCCGCCAAUGGCAAAUCCAAAGUAAUUUUAAAAAAAAAAACAAAAAACAAAAAAAAACUGAAACACACCAAAUAAACAAGAGCAAGAGAGUGUGCACAUACAUGAAAGAGAGGUGGAGACCAGAGGAAUGAAGAAAAACAUAAACUUUGAACAUAGAGAGAAAAGAAAACUCCUAUCAAACAAGUGGGGUUUUUGUUUUGUUUUACCAUUUGUGCCCCUUUUCCCCAUCUGAGAGUUUCUUGCAAUCUGAGCUCUGAUGCCUCAAAGUCCCUAUUAGGUGCUGGUGAUCUGCAGGCCUGGAGGCAAUCCUGCCUUCCCUUGCUGUGCCAGUCUCAGGCACAACUAGUAAUACGGAGAUGACCCCUCGUUCGCAGCUGCCAGAAAGCCCAGUGUCGUGAGAGUCUCGGCCAUCCCAGGAAGAGGGGCAAUGUUGGGGGCAGCUCUGGUUUCUGGAAUCGAGACGUGGAGACCUUUUGCCUGGCCCCAUCCUUCUCAUUUACAUUUUCCUCCCCAGGGCUCCUGUCAUGUUACUGAUUACGACCGCCUUUGCCUUUGCAGUGUUCCCUGCUUCCCAUCUGCCUUUCCUCUUAGCCUUCUGCCCUUGACCCUGCUCCCCCCAGCUCAGCCCCUCCAUUAAUCAGCAGCUCCUGGAGGUGUUGCCCAAAGUCCACACCUGUCUGGUAAGGCAUAAGGGCCUAGUGAGGUGUGUAGGAAUGGAAUAGCUGAAGCACAACCUACUCUCUAGGGGAUGCAACGAAAGAGUAGUGUCCCAAGGGAAGGUCUCCCCCAUCCAGUCUCACUUCCUGUGUAACCACCAGUGGGUCAUUUUGGCAGUCCCCAAAUCUAGCCAGAGUGGCACAGAAUAGAUUUAAUAGAUGUUUUAUUUUAGCAAAGAAAGGCCUGUAGAGUUUCCUACAUCCUUCAGAUAUUUCAUCUCACCCCUUAACUCUGAGCAGCCAGGCUUCCUAAGUUAGUUACCCACUUAAUACACAUCAGCCUGCCCUAGGACUUAGCUUUUGCAAGACCCCCAGCCACAAGUCAACACUAAAGCAAUGGUUAUGUGCAGAAAGGGAGAGGGUCAGCUUUAAUCCUGAGUUCCCACAUAUUCUGAAUCUUAAACUCCUGUACCAUUCACUUUGAUAAUUAAGAAACUCCUAACUCCAGCCAGUUGAGGAUAGGAUGAAACCAGUCCUGUUGAUACCAAAAAUGCCAGUUACAGAUGUCAGCAACUGGAGAAAAGCUAGCCCGUGGUGGUCUGGUCCCUGCCUCUCCGCACCUCUCUCACAGCCACACACACCCCCAACCUUUUCUCUCAAUUGUUAAAUUCUAUGUAUAAAAGUAUUUUCUUAGCAGCAUGUGUAUGAGGAAAAGGUAUUUUUUUUUGUUUUUUGGGUUUUUUUUUUGGUUUUGUUUUGUUUUAUUUUUUUCACUCUGCUUUCUGGGAAUGUGACUUGUGUAUAAAAGAUAAAAAAGAAAAGAAAAAAAGAAAAGAAAAGGAACUUUAAAAGAAAAAUCUUGGUAAACAUCUGCCUUGGGAUAA